GGUGGCAGCGUGCUUGCGCAGUGCCGCUGCCGGUGGAGAGUGAGUCGUGGCCUCCUCCCUCAGCCCGCCAUGGGUGACGCGUGCCGGAGGGCGGAGUCGGGCACUCAGCUACUUGCGCGACUUGAGGGCAGAAGUUCUCUGAAGAACCUUGAACCCUAUCUGUUUGCUGAGGAAGGAUCUCCCGUGCAUGGAGACGUCAUUGAAUUCCACGGUCCAGAAGGAACAGGGAAGACAGAAAUGCUUUAUCACCUCAUAGCCCGCUGCAUCACUCCAAAAUCAGGAGGAGGACUGGAAGCGGAAGUCCUGUUCAUUGACACAGAUUACCAUUUCGAUAUGCUUCGGCUCGUUACCAUUCUGGAGAACAGACUGGCGCAGAGGACAGAAGAGAUGAUAAAGCAGUGCCUGGGGAGGCUGUUUCUGGUGAACUGCAGCAGUAGUGCUCAGCUGCUCCUCACUCUCUACUCUUUAGAAAACAUGUUUUGCACUCACCCUGCUCUCUGCCUUUUGAUUUUAGAUAGCAUCUCAGCUUUUUAUUGGAUAGACAGAAACGAUGGAGGGGAGAGCCUUACCUUGCAGGAGAUGAAUCUGAAGAAAUGUGCUAACUUGCUUGAAAAGCUGGUGAGAGAGCAUCACUUAGCUCUCUUUGCCACCACACAGAUGCUUAUGCAGAAAUCUACAAACGCUGCAGAAAGCUUCUUUCCUUUAAAACUUCAACACGAAACUGAUCCAGACUAUCGACCUUAUCUUUGUAAAUCAUGGCAACAAAUGGUAACCUACAGGGUGUUUUUCUCUAAGCAAUGUAGUUCUGGCAGCAGCAAAGGUUUUACAGUCGUUUCUUGCCACCUCAAAAGAAACCAUGUAGUAAAGAGUUCAUUUAAUAUUGCAGAAUGUGGAGUUCAAUUUUAGCUUCAGGUUUGGGGUUUUUUAAACGUGUAGCAAAUCCUGGUGCUUAAGGCCUGAUGAGGUCUAAGUAGUUUUUAGUACCUUUUAAACUAGGUUGGAUUUUGCUGGGUGAUUAAGAAUUUUUGUCACCAUCAUCUUAAAAUUGAGUGAUUGGCAGGAAAUGGUAAAACAUUUUUUAAUUACUGUAGAUGUUCAGUCCAAACGAGCAAGGAAUGUUGAAAUUACUUGUUUGUGCUUAAUGUGUAAAGAGAUUAAAUCAAGCAAAUUAUAACUCAAGACUUUUAAAGCUCCCUGGAUCCUUCAGGAACCUCACUGAUGCAAUAUACCCCCAAAUGCACCGACUUCAGUCCUGGGUUGUAACUGCUUUGCACUCCUCCUCUUCCAACCUACAGGAAUAGGUGCCUCAAGUUGUCUUGGGGAGACUGCAAAAAGCAGAGUGUUUACUCUUUGUAACUGUUGCUCUUGGUUUAUUCCCAGUAGCCUAGGGCAUAGAACUGCAUUCACUACUUCACCUGAAGAAGAGGAUUCAUUUUCACAGCGUGUUAAAUAGGGGUAAUCCUGACCACACUUCUCCAAGCCCACAGUCUCUUUGUCUACGUGAGCCUGUGCAGAAGCAAGGAUUGCAGGUGUUUCCACCCUUAUAAGCAGCUGGGUUUGAAGAAUCUAUAGUGAUCGCAGCAAUGGAGGUCUCAUUUCCAUAACUGAGUGAAAACUCAAGACCCAGCUCUGGGUCCCUACGAGUUGGUGCUGCAUACAGCAGACAGUUUGGUCUUAGAAAAUAAUGAAGCCUCCAGGCACCUUCCCAACAGUCAGCACUUCACUCUAAAAGCACUCUCACAGCUUGCUACGUCGGAACCAUGCUUUCCUGGAAGUGGAUUGUUUUCUCCUUUGCUGAGAGUUUAUGCCGAUACCCUUUAUUACCAGCACAGACUGGGGUACCCGAGUGCAGAAGAUGGCACCUCUGUGGCACAUCAGUGUGACUGGCAAAUAGCUUUGGAGCCUUUGUUCUCUUUGCAAUUGGGAGCAAUGCCACACUGGAGUGGAUGAUUUUGAAGAAAGGCGGCUGUGACUUUCCUAGGGAGAAGUUUGGCAGUCUUCCCUCUGCUUUCCCACACUGCUUUGCAUCAUGCCCCAACCAACUGGUCGGUGUACCUGUGUGGGCCCCACUGCUCAAGGAUAGCAGUGACAAGAUGUCACAGCCAUGCCAAAUGCUGGUGAACAGCCAUGUUCUGGAUCUUGGCACUCUCCCACUGCAGGAGUUGGCACAAUCACUACAGUUUUUAAUUUAAACCAUUUGCCAGGCUUUUUUCUCAGAUAUCUCACUGGGCCUGUGCUAAAGACCUCCUAGCCCUUGGGGGAGAGAGAGGAAAGAGAAGAAAUCUGGGGUUUUGAGUAUAGGAUGGGCAAGAUUUUUAGUCUGUUUCCACACAAAAAAAAGAGGCCAGACAAGGCCAGAAGGUUCCUGGCAGUGGCAGGUGGAUGUCAAGGCCUCGAAGGUGGUUUGGUGAAGGUCAAGAGCAGACUCUACAUCUCCCUUACCAACUGUCUGUAUUGUGAAGGGCUGAACAGGAUUUUUGCCUUAGAAUACCAACAUCCUCAUACGUUGUUGUACAGCUGAGAGAGAAGACCAUGCUAUGGUGGGCAGUGCUGUCUCUGAAGUGCAUCUCAAAAGCUGUGCUGACUCCAUCACUGACAGUUCUAUCUCCAGCCCCACAUAGCCAUAGACUCCCAGCCUUCUCCUCUGUCACACGAACCACAGUGCUGCAGAGAUGAGGGACUGUCAUAGCAUUUGCCUUUGCUGGAGGUGAGUGAUCUGGUGUGUUGGUGAGUGGCACUGGGCAGUGUCAUCUGGGGCAGGCCUGAGCCACGUUUUCCAGCUUCAACUGUCCUCUGCAUAUCCAAUGUGAUGGCACUGGUCAGGAAACAACUGCUCAGGCAAUAGCAAGUCCAGUGCCUUUGAAGAGCAGGUCCCCCAGACCUCCAGCUGCAGACCCAUCCUCCAGACUCACUCAGCACUUCAGUAGCACCAUCCCUGAGCUCCCAGAUGACCCCCAACCCUUCUCCUGUGUGCUCACCAGGUUCAACAAAGAAUCCUUUUCACAGAAGUGCACAACUUGAAAUGUUAUCCCACAGUCCUCUGUCAUGGGUUUGUGGGAGCUGCUUUUUGCUUGGUAACAAGGAGGGAGCUGCAGUGCUGGUCCCAGUAAGCAGUUCUCGAAACAUCCCCUCGCUCUGAGGUGGAUCCACAUCUAGUCCCGCCUAGCCAAUUUUGCACCUUUGCCAGCACUAUUUAAGGAGGGAAAUAUGAGCCAGAGGAGUGGUACAAGAUGGAGGCAACCACAUGGACCCCACAGUCAGAGAAGGAGGAAGGAAGGAGGAGCACCAGACCAGAGACCCCUCUGCAAGCUGUGGCAAGAACGCAGGCUGUACCCCUGCAACCCAUGGAGGAUCAUGGCAAGACUGAGAGCCACCAGCAGCUCCGUGUGAGUGCACCCAGACGGGCGAGGGACUGUGUGAGGAGGUGGCCAUGGCACAGGCCGUGCUGGAGCCUUUGGGCCACAGAGCAGCCCCACAUGAGAGGCAGAGAGGAGCUGCAGCCUUUGGGAUGAACGUAUGUCGGAGCAGCCUGUACAGGGCUGCUGUGCAUGCCUGGGAGGGACCCCACGCUGGAGCAGGGAGGAUGGUGAGGAGUCCACCUGCCUUGAGGAGAGACAAAUGGCAGGAGCCAUCAGGAAUAGACUGACUGAAACCUCCAUUCCCUGCUCCCCUGAGCCGUUCAGCAGGGGAGGAGAAAAGGACACGGGGAUCAGGGCUCUGAGUCUUGCAAGAGGGGAGGGGUGAGGAGAAGGUGGUCUUAAAGAGCUGGUUGUGCUCUUCAUCAUUGUACCACUCUGCGGUGUUUUCUGUUUGCUAUGUUUUGGGGUUUUAGGUUUUUGGUUGGUGGUGGAUUAAAUUAAUUUCUGUUUUC